AUGUACGGUAAGCCUCCGCCAGAUCUGGUAGCUUACAGCCUCGGCUCCUCUCUCAAUGAAGCCGUGGAUACCACACUCAGCCAGCGUAACACCAUCAUGAAGACAUUAAAAGAAAAUCUCAGACGAGCACAACAAAUAAUGAAGGCACAUGCAGACAAAGGUAGAAAGGACUAUAAGGUUACCGUCAGAGAUCUUGUUCUGCUCCGUUUGCAACCGUACAGACAGGUGUCAGUCCAUCGUCGUUCCUCCCAAAAACUGAGUUUACGCUACUAUAGCACGUUUGAAGUUUUAGACAAGAUUGGGAAAGUCGCGUACUGCCUCAAGUUACCUCAUUCCGCCAUGAUUCAUGAUGUUUUUCACAUCUCGAUGCUUCGCCCUUUCAAAUCGGGUCGCACCUACACGCUUCAUGAUCUUCCAGACACAACCAACGAUGACUCUCCGAUGGCUUUGACACCAUGUGGUGUAGUAGGUAGCAGAUCAGUUUGGAGAAAUGGCUGA